GGCGCUCACCUGCCCGGCGGCGGCGGCAGCAGCCGGCUCCGGCGCCGCAGUCCGCGCGUCGGGGCAGGAAGGCGGCUCGGGCUUCCGUGGUGGGGCGCGGGGAGGCGGAGGGGGCUGCGGAGAAGGCGGGGGCGCGGCCCGGCGACCCUGGUGUUAGAGCUGAGCGCGCCCUGGGCCUGCGAGCGGCGGGCCGCGGGGCCUCCACCCCCGGCAACAGGCAUGGGGUCCCAGGUGCUGCAGCUGCUCCGCCAGGGCGUGUGGGCCGCGCUCACCGGGGGCUGGUACCAUGACCCCGAGCACAGCAAGUUCACCAACAGCUGCCACCUGUACCUGUGGCUGUUCCUGCUGCUGCUGCCCCUGGCCCUGCACCUGGCCCUUCCUCCCAGCGCCGUCACGGCGUUUCUCUACUGCAGUUCAGUGACUAUAGUCUUCACAAUCAUCAAACUGGUCAGCUACCGCCUCCACCUCAUGUUCGACGAAGGAGAAGCAAUUCAGCGGAGACCCUCCGGAAAGAAAGACAAGUCCAGCAAACACAGAGAGACCCACAGCGAACACACGCCGAACCACAAAGCCCCGAGCAAUAACCAGCUGACCAGCAAUGGCAAGAAGGGAGAGGCCGACCGGAACUGCUGCACGCCCCCCCUGCGCUGCGGCUCCCAGGGGCAGAACUCCGGCUCUCACCGCUCCUCCGGGCUGCUGGAGCUGCCGGCACAGGAAACAGUGGAAGAUCUCAAAGGUGUCAUCCUGGCAGAAGACCAGCCUGUGGCACCCGUGGCACCCACCCCACCUGGCGUCAAAACGGACAGCUCCCCUCCUUCUAAAGCCCCCGUGCCAGAAGCCGGGACCCUGCCAGCCGUCCCAGCGAAGCCAGGCGUGGCAGGAAGAGCCGACAGAGGGAGGGGCGGAGGGGGCAGGGGGCAGCCCCCUCUCCGCCACCGGUCGGAGGGCGGCCUGGAGGAGAAGGUCUCCCUGAAGACGGGCGUUUCCUUCCAGCCGUGGGGGAGCGAGAAUUCGGUCCUGACUCCGGAGCCCGGGAAUGAUGCUCAGGGCUCGGCCAGGGGGCAGUUGGAGAGCCUGAGCCGCAGCUGGCCGCAGUGUCACGCCGUCAUCACCAACCCCAGGCACCCGCCGGGGGACGCUUCCCGGCAGGCGGACCCCACCCAGCAGGCGGACCCGCCCUCGAACCUGCAAGGGGACGUCUCCGAGGGAGAAGUGGCCGUGACUCUGAUUGACACCUCUGAGCCCGGAGACCCGCUGAGUCUGCACGAGCCCAUUAAGAUCGUCAUCACCAUGAGCAGCGCCCGGGGCUCCGUGACGGACCUGGAGAGCUCGCUCCACCUGCAGGGGGUCGGCCCCGGGAGGACCGGUCCCCCAGACGUGGAGCAGAGAGUCCCCGUCAUCACCCUGGAGCUGUCUGAGGACGGGGACCAGAGGGCGCCUGAGAGAUGGACGGUGGAGGCCCCCUCUGCCCAGCCCACCGGCUGGGAGUCCGGGGACCAGGGCAAUGCCACCGAGGCCCGCAGUCCUUCCCCGGGACGCCCCUGUGACUCGGCGCCCCCCGAGGGCGAGCGGGGCAGGGCCAGCCAGGCCAGCCUCGACCCCUCGUCGUGCAAGAGCAGCCAGGAGAAGCGACACGCCCGGGUGCUCAGCGUGGACAGCGGCACCGAGGUCUUCCUGAGCAGGAGCCCCGCCGAGGCUGGUCACGAGAAGGAGAGAGUGAUGCCCACGUCCAAGUCCGACCUGGAGGCGAAGGAGGGACAGACUCCCAACGAGUCCAACUUCCUGGAGUUUGUCUCCCUGUUGGAGUCCAUCAGCACCGCCAAGGUGGGCGCGCCCGGCCGGAGGCGUGGUCCCCCGGAGCCGGGCAAGGACGGCGGGCUUCCUGGAGAUAACGGCUCCCAGGAGAGGAAGAACGAAAUCCCGGAAAGUGGCCGCAGCGCCAAGCAUGGGAAACCGGACAUGCAGAAUCAAGAGCUCGCCAGCCCCAGCCCCGCGCGCACGGAGCCCGCCAAGGUCACGGCCCUUUUCCAGGGCAACCGGCAGAGACGGAUCAUCUACAGGGUCACGUCCCAGCAAGACAGCUCCGUCUUGCAAGUCAUCAGCGGGCCCGAGACGUCCGUGCAAGAGGAGAGCUCCGGGGACGCCAUGCACGUCUUCAUCGACGAGCACGGAGAAAUUAGAUCUUGCUAUUUAAAGUCUGGAAAUCAGAAAGAUGGCCCUGCCCCGCCCCAGCCACCAAGUCACGACGGUCUCUCUCCCGCCGGAGACGCUCCGGCCAGCUCCUCCAGCACCAGCUCCGGGAGCCCCGACCCUUCUUCGGGGGACGCCUCGGUGAGCCCGCUCCAGCAGCAGCUGCUGCUGAUGGUGGCGCAGAGGACCCAGCCGGACGCCCCCCGGCACCAGAGUCAGGACCUGGAAGCCUUGUCCUGCUCUUCGGCCCCAGGCAAGUUCAACCGCGAUCAGUUCUACAAGUUCCUCAUUUUCCCCGGCAAGUGGAUCAAGGUCUGGUACGACCGCCUGGCCCUGCUGGCGCUGCUGGACCGGACGGAGGACAUCAAGGAGAACGUGCUGGCGGUCUCACUCGUCGUCCUGGUGUCGCUGCUGGGCUUUGUGACGCUGAGCCGCGGCUUCUGCAAAGACCUGUGGGUGCUGCUCUUCUGCCUGGUGAUGGCCAGCUGCCAGUACUCCCUGCUCAAGAGCGUCCAGCCCGACCCCGCCUCGCCCAUCCACGGACACAACCAAAUCAUUGCAUACAGCAGACCAAUCUAUUUUUGUGUGCUGUGUGGCCUUCUUUUGCUUCUCGAUGCAGGGGCCAAAGCCAGGCACCCCCCCACCUACGUCGUGUAUGGCCUGAAGCUGUGCUCCCCGGGGUCACUCCAGUCCGCCAGGGACUUCCUCCUGGGGUUCUUGUAUUGCUUCCCGGCCAUGUCCCUCCUGGGCCUCUUCCCGCAGAUCAACACGUUCUGCGUUUACCUUUUGGAACAAAUCGACAUGCUGGUCUUCGGGGGUUCUGCUGUUUCUGGGAUGACGUCGGCCGUCUGCAGCGUGGCCCGGAGCGCCGCCGCCGCCACCGCGCUGCACGCGCUCUGCUUCAGCGCCGUGAAGGAGCCCUGGAGCGCCCAGCACAUCCCCGCGCUGUUCUCCGCCUUCUGCGGCCUCCUGGUCUCGCUGUCCUUCCACCUGAGCCGGCAGAGCAGCGACCCGUCCGUGCUCCUGUCCUUCGUUCAGCGCAGAUGGUUUCCUAAACGCUCCGGCCCGGACCCGGAGGAGCUGGCGGAGGACCCUCUCCCGGGGAAGAUGAGGGACUCGGUGAAGGACGUCCUGAAGUCGGACCUGGUCCUGUGCUCCGUGGCCGCGGUCCUGUCCUUCGCCGUGAGCGCCAGCACCGUCUUCCUGUCCCUGCGCCCCUUCCUCAGCCUCGUGCUGUUCGCCCUGGCCGGCGCCGUGGGCUUCGUGACCCACUACCUGCUCCCGCAGCUCCGCAAGCACCACCCGUGGAUGUGGCUCGCACACCCCGUGCUGAGGAGCAGGGAGUACCGGCAGCGGGAAGUGACGGACGCCGCCCACUUGAUGUGGUUCGAAAGGCUCUACGUGCGGCUGCAGUGUUUUGAAAAGUACGUCCUGUACCCAGCCAUCAUCCUGAACGCGGUCACCAUCGAUGCGUUCUCGAUCAGCAACUACCGGAGGCUCGGGACCCACUGGGACACCUUCCUGCUGAUCGCGGCGGGCAUGAAGCUGCUGCGCGCCUCCUUCUGCCACCCCGGCCGCCAGGUCGCGCCCCUGGGCUUCGCCGUCCUCUUCUUCCACUUCGACCGCCGGGGCCUGUCCGAGGGCUUCCUGCUGGACUUCUUCCUCGCGUCCAUCCUGUUCAGCAAGCUCGGGGACCUGCUCCAGAAGUUACAGUUCGUCAUGGCGUACGUGGCUCCUUGGCAGAUGGCUUGGGGCUCGUCGUUCCACGUGUUUGCGCAGCUCUUUGCAGUCCCCCACUCGGCCCUGCUCUUCUUCCAGACGUUGGCCACGUCCGUCUUCUCCACGCCGCUGAGCCCGUUCCUCGGGAGCGUCCUCUUCAUCACGUCGUACGUGCGGCCGGUGAAGUUCUGGGAGAAGAACUACAAUACCAGGCGCGUGGAUAACUCCAACACCAGGCUGGCCGUCCAGAUGGAGAGGGACCCAGCGAGUGAUGACAACAACCUCAACUCCAUCUUCUACGAGCACCUGACGCGGUCCCUCCAGGAGUCCCUCUGCGGAGACCUGAUCCUUGGGCGCUGGGGGAACUACAGCUCCGGCGACUGCUUUAUCCUGGCCUCCGACUACCUCAACGCUUUCGUCCACCUGAUCGAGGUCGGAAACGGCCUCGUCACCUUCCAGCUCCGAGGGCUGGAAUUCCGAGGAACCUACUGCCAGCAGAGGGAGGUGGAGGCCAUCAUGGAGGGCGACGAGGACGACCGGGGCUGCUGCUGCUGCCAGCCCGGCCACCUGCCCCACCUGCUGUCCUGCAACGCCGCCUUCCACCUGCGCUGGCUCACCUGGGAGGUCACGCGGACGCAGUACAUCCUGGAGGGCUACAGCGUCCUAGACAACAACGCGGCCACCAUGCUGCAGGUGUUUGACCUGCGCAGGAUCCUCAUCCGCUACUACGUCAAGAGUAUCAUCUACUACCUGGUCACGUCCCCCAAGCUCCUCUCCUGGAUCAAGAACGCGUCCCUCCUGACGGCGCUGCAGCCCUUUGCCAAGUGGCAUCACAUCGAGCGCGACCUCGCCGUGUUCAACAUCAACAUCGACGAGGACUACGUGCCGUGUCUGCAGGGCGUCACGCGGGCCAGCUACUGCAGCGUCUACCUCGAGUGGAUCCAGCACUGCGCGCGGAGGACACAGGAGGCCUCGCAGACCCUGGACAGCGACGAGGACUCCCCGCUGGUGACCCUGGCCUUCGCCCUCUGCAUCCUGGGGAGGAGAGCGCUGGGCACGGCCGCGCACAGCAUGGCUCUCAGCCUGGACUCCUUCCUGCACGGCCUCCACGCCCUCUUCAAGGGCGACUUCAGGGUCGCCGCCCGGGACGAGUGGGUGUUCGCCGACAUGGACCUGCUGCAGAAGGUGGUGGCCCCGGCCAUCAGGAUGGCCCUCAAGCUCCACCAGGACCAGUUCACCUGCCCCGACGAGUACGAGGACCCUGCGGUCCUCUUCGAGGCCAUCCGGUCCUUCGAGCGGACGGUGGUCAUCUGCCACGAGGGCGACCCGGCCUGGCGGGGCGCGGUGCUCGCCAACCGGGCGGAGCUGCUCACCCUGCGGCACGUGGUGGACGAGGGCGCCGACGAGUACAAGGUCAUCAUGCUGCACCGGAGCUUCCUCCGCUUCAAGGUGAUCAAGGUGAACAAGGAGUGCGUGCGGGGCCUGUGGGCCGGGCAGCAGCAGGAGCUCAUCUUCCUGCGCAACCGCAACCCGGAGCGCGGCAGCAUCCAGAACAACCGGCAGGUGCUGCGCAACCUCAUCUGCUCCUCCUGCGACCAGCCCCUGGGCUACCCCAUGUACGUCUCCCCGCUGACCACCUCCUACCUGGGCACCCACCGGCAGCUGAGGGGCCUCUGGUGCGGCCCCGUCACGCUGGACGGCCUCAGGGCCUGGUUCCGGACCAAGUGGCUCAGGAUGCGCAAGGACUGCCAUGCUGAGCAGCGUGCUGGCGGCAACAUUGAGGACGGGGACGGAGGGGGGGCCCCAUCUGCAGGCGGCAACAGCGCCCUGAGUGGGGGCAGCCAGGAGGGUGGCACGGAGCAGCCCAGAAAAGAGGGGACCCACCACUGGUCACCCCGGGAAGGGACACGGAGCACAGGCCGGAGGAAGGGCAGGAGCCAGUCUGUCCAGGCCCGCGGGGCGCUGAGCCCAAGGCCGCCCUUCCUGAGCUCGUCGGGCCCCAUCCUGGAGAGCCGCCCCGCCUUCCUCCCCACGUCCUCGUCGGCCCACGGCCUGGCCCCCCGGCUCGAGGGCAGCCGGCUCUCCCUGCGCUCCUCGGCCGCGUCCCUGCACUCGCAGCCGCCGCCCGCCACCACCGGCCACCUGGGUGUCCGCGAGCGGGCCGAGGCCCUGGUCCGAUCCAGCCUGGGCUCCUCCAGCAGCUCCACCCUCAGCUUCCUCUUCGGCAAGAGGAGCUUCUCCAGCGCCCUCGUCAUCUCGGGGCUCUCGGCCGCCGAGGGCGGCACCACCAGCGACACGCAGUCCUCCAGCAGCGUCAACCUGGCGCUCGGCCCCUCGGCCCGGGCCGCCGGCCAGGCCGCCAGGCACUUCUCCGAGCCGUGCGACCCCACUGAGGCCGCCGAGCAGGGGCAGCGUGGCGGGCGCCGGGCCGCGGGCCUCGGCGUGGUCUGCAGGAGGGCCAGCCAGGAGGACAUGGGCCUGGACGACACGGCCUCCCAGCACAGCGCCUCGGACGAGCAGUAGGGCCAGGAGGGGCCCCGCAGUGGGAGAGACCGAGUCCCCCACGGCUCCGCCUGCCUUCCUCUCCCUUCUGCUCCCCCCAAAACCAAAAGCAGCCAACAGUCAUCCACGUGGGCCCGCCCCGUGGACGAGUGAGAGCUGGUGUGGAAACUGACUUUAUCUCAGGUUCUUGAACAAUAUCUCACACGAUGGACAAAACCAGUGGACCAGGCCUCCCGCCCACUGCCCUACAGCAGGAAUGAGGCCCAAAAAUCUCCAGAAUUUGGAUUCAAACAAAAGCCCAGAGCCCAUCCGCCACUCCCGGCCCGACGGAAAUCCGACACCCGCAUGCUGACCAGCUGACCUUUGCACACUCCCGUCACCAACCAAGAGUAGCUAGUGGCCACCCCACCUCACCAGCCACGGGCCAGGCGCUGAGGUCACGUCCACGCACAGACACUCACUGCUCUGUAGCGUCCACGCCGAUGUUAGGUGCGUGUGAAUGGUGACGUGCAUGCAGCCAUGUCCACGGCCCCGUGUGACAGCCCACAUCCCCGCGUGAGAGCUGGACGUGCAGCCCGGGCGGACGGACAGCACCGGGGAGGGAGGCGGUGCCCCACUCGCCAGAGCGGCGUCCCAAAGCCGCCGGGCCGGGUCCUCGCGGGACACACGCUUGCUCCCCAGGCCAAGGAGUCCCCACCGGGUCCCGGGCCACCUGCACACGCCUGUAUUUUUGGAAUUAAAGGGUUUGUAGUUA